UCAAAUGGCUCCUGCAAAGAAAGGUGGCGAGAAGAAGAAGGGACGCUCUGCCAUCAACGAGGUGGUAACUAGGGAAUAUACCAUCAACAUUCACAAGCGGAUCCAUGGCGUGGGCUUCAAGAAACGAGCACCGCGUGCUCUCAAGGAAAUCCGUAAAUUUGCGAUGAAGGAAAUGGGUACUCCUGACGUUCGCAUUGACACCAGAUUGAACAAAGCAGUCUGGGCUAAAGGAAUAAGGAAUGUUCCUUACCGUAUCCGUGUGCGUUUGUCCCGAAAGCGCAAUGAGGAUGAAGAUUCACCAAACAAGCUUUACACGCUGGUUACCUAUGUACCAGUCACAACAUUCAAAGGUCUACAGACAGUCAAUGUGGAUGAAAAUUAAACUGAUUUUCAUUACAAUAAAAGGAUAAAAAGAAAGUUUACUCCUAAGUUGUUGGGUUUUUUUUAUUGUCCAGUCUCUUCAAGCUCUCACCCGCGAAGCGCUGAGUUGAACAGGUGACAAACUCUUUAAGUAUCUUGCUUUCUUUGGGUUUGUACAUAAUGGUG